AGAACACAUCUGCAGGCUGGAUACAUAUUUUCCGUACUGGAACUCAACGCCCUCGGCCCCCCGCCGUCCACAUUCUUCUCUCGGGCGGCCAUGCUGGCCGCCCUUGCCGCGCCGCCGGCGCUUGUGGCGGCCGCGGCCUUUGCGUCCGUGUCCGCCGUGCCGGACACGUCCCUGAUGCAGAUGGUCGUGCGCGGGGAGGCGCACGCUGCGCUGCUGGCACCCGCGGGGUUCACCCAGGUGGGGCGGCACUGCGACUGCGGGGGCACCGUCGCGGAGUGGCCCGCCGGAGCCCGGGGCAGCGUGGAGGCGUGCGCGGCGGAGUGCCUGAGGUACCCCUCGUGCCAGGCCUUCGCGCUGUUCGUCGGCCACCCCGCCUGGCAAGGGGCCUGCCGACUCUACGACGCGCCCUGCGAGGACACGAACGGCUGGGAGCAGGGCACCACCUGCCGGAGUCCCACGGCCAACCCGGGCGGCGACAACGUGGGCUACAACAAGAAGUCAGGCUACGAGCAGCUGUAUUAUUCCACUGGCGCUUGCAGCGUCAGCGACGGGUCCGCGUUCAGCUCCGCCUACCCCUGCGGCUGCGGGGGCGAGGUCUGCCUCGAUGGGCAGGUGUGCGGGGGCACCUCCUGCUACCUCGCCGAGAGCCUCAGCGUGUCGUGGCCGUCCGAGUGCCUCAGCAUCGGCAGCACCGAGUUCCGCCGCACGGGCAGGAGCGCGAGCGGGGCGCCCGUCUACAGCAACGGGGAGGGCACGUACAUGUACUACGACCCGUACUGCGACGGCAACGAGCUCAUGCCGGGCCAGUGGAUCAUCGACAGCGACGAGCCGAACCUCUCUGCGGUCGCGGACCUCGACGGCGACGGGAAGUGCAGCGACCUCGCGCACGUGGCCAGCGCCUACCUGUCUGGCCCCGUGACCGAGGGGGUGUCCUGGCAGAUCGCCUGCGACGGCAAGGUGUUCCGGGGCCGUGGCCUCAACAUCAGCCUCUCCGCGGGGAGCAGCAGGAUCGCCGGCCGCACCCCGGAGCCCACGCUGGCGCCCGGGCAGCCGUGCCAGUGCGAGGGGUGCGGCGGGUUCUCCCUCUACGACGUGGACGGCAACGGCUGCCUCAUCGAGGGCGAGGUGGACCGCGUUGAAGCCAUGAGAGGUCUGUUCUCCGGGCUGGACGCAGACGGCGACGGCUGUGUCACGCAGGCGGAGUGCUCGACGUACGUGGAGCAGCACAACCUCGAGCUGCCCAAGUACACCCCUCCCAUCACAGAGGAGUGCGAUUACGGGAUGUACCUCCCCGACCAAGCUUCGGUCUGCGUUCCAUGCGUCGGGGGCUCAACGUCGCGCCGUCGCUCGCACACCUGCACCCCGUGCGCGGACGCCGAGUUCGACGCUGGUAUGUACGACGACUGCGUCGGAGGAAUCUACCUCACCGACGACGCAGACGAGGGAAACUGCACCGUGCACACCAACGACGUCGAGGGUGUUUUCCAGCGAGGCGACAGGAUCACCAUCGCGACACGCAACCCGGGUCACUUCGAGGAGGUCACCAUCACUGGCACGUCGCCGAUCCAGAUUGAUCGGUGCUUGAACUUGAGCUUCAAAACAUACGACCCCGUCAGGCGAGCCUGCACGAGUGCCGAUGGCUUCAGCUUCUCUUCGGUGUACCCCUGCGGGUGCGGCAAGGCGACGUGCGAGGAGGGGCAGGCCUGCAACAUGGGCUCGUCGACGGGAACCGUUUACAGGAGCAACGGCACGACCGCGGGGACGGCCGGCAUGUGCAUCACGAGGGUCCACGAGGGGGAGCCGAUGCCGACGCCCAACCCGACCAUCUCGGCCAGGGGCGACCCGCACCUGGUCAACCUGCAGGGGGAGCACUUCGACGUGAACCACGGAGGCGAGUUCUCGCUGCUGAGGAUUCCACAGGACACGAAACAGCCCGCAGGGUUCUCCUUGAUGUCCACUAUCACGGCCGAGUACAACAGGCCAUGCAUUACCUACAUCACGCAGGUGGCCCUGAGCGGCACCUGGUUCGACGAGAAGUCACUGGAGGUGCGCUCCUACCUCCGCUCCCACUCCAACGAGACCGCGGACCGCUUCCUGGGCGCCAGGGUCCUCUCCGCUGCGGACCGGGAGGCGCCGUGGCAAGACCACGGGCUCAUUACCGACUGGGGCGACUACCAACACGUGCUGGCCAACAACAGCGAUUAUGAGAUCGUCGUCAAGAAGCAGCAGUGGACCAACCAUGCAGAAGAGCCGAGCCCGUCAAAAGCACCACGUGUCCUGAGGUCCGCGCUGAUUUCUCGGGUCGGAGCUAGGCCAUCUUAUCACGCAUCCCCCCAACGCGCUCCACGUGCUUGGGCCAGAGUGUGGUGAGGGGGACUCAGCGCUGACGAAACGUUUGCGCGGACCUCCGACGGUUUGCAACUCUUGCUUCGGACUUCUGCUCUUCUGCUGUCGGCAGAAGUACAGGGGCCCCGAGUUCCCGACCGUUGCCGGACAGUUUGAGGUCGUCGUGCGGGACAAGAGGAACACCGAGGGAACCAGAAUCAUCAUCCGACAGGACCUCCAGUACCAGGAGCACUUGAACGUCGCCGUCCGCAAGAUGAGCGCGCUCGGCCGCUUCGACGUCGGUGGCCUCAUUGGCUUCGACGACCACCCCGCGUCACUGGAGGACGUCACGAAGGAGUGCCAGCUCCACAGGAGCGGGGAGGACCACCGCAGGGGCCCGAAGUACGUGGCGCCCUGGAAGAAGAAGUGGGCCAAGAUCAAGGAGGAGAGCG